AACUAGAGAUGCAUUGGAGAAACCCACUUUCCUCUAUUACGGUGGACGUACCAGCUACAGAGAGUGUGAAUAAACUGGACAUUGCUUUCCCAAUUGGUCAUUAUAAUCCGGUAAUCCAAUUGGCCGUUAACAGAAUAAAGUUAUCCAGUAAUACCUUUAUUAUAGGCCACGGAUGUGGAGAUAAAAAAAAAUAUUAGCUGGAAAUUGAAGUCUCAAUAAUUUCAUAUUUCCCUAAGAGGAUUUACCAGAAGUCGUAUUGCAGAAAUAAGAAUAUUUACAUUAAAUUGUUUGGAGCGGAGUUUUAUUCUGACUGCACGAAAUGUCGGAAAAACACGGUCUGGAGGACACCAAUCGCCAGGCCAUGUCCCAACCCAUGCAGCAAAUUCAGCCCCCUCCAUACCUCCCCUCCCAGGAACUUAACAUGGGCCAACAACACUCCAACAUGCAACACUCCAACAUGCAACACUCCAACAUGCAGCACCCCAGCAUGGCCCCUCAGACUGGCUGUGGCCCCCAGCCCAACUACCCCCCUCCACCCCCGCCCCCUGGCUCCGAUGGCUACCAGGAGACCCAGUUCCACAAUGGCUCCUACGGACACCCAGGGGCCCCACAGGGCUACACAGUCCAGACCCAGGGCCCGGGAGGGGGUGUCCCACAUGCCCCUGUGGGUUACUUUCAACCAGGAUACCCUCUCCAGCUGCAGCCCUGCACAGCUUACGUUCCUGUCUACCCCGUGGCGUCGGGGCAGCCCUACCAGGGGAUGCCCCAGGGCCAGAUGGGCAUGCAGAUGCCCCAUGGCAUCGCCCUGAUGGAGCCACGGCGCCCGCCUCACGACUACCUGCCAAUCGCUGUGCUCACCACCGUUUGCUGCUUCUGGCCAACAGGAAUCAUAGCCAUCAUCAAGGCAGUACAGGUGCGUACGGCGGUGGCUAGGGGGGACAUGGUGAUGGCAGAGAUAGCGUCCCGCGAGGCGCGUAACUUCUCCUUCAUCAGCCUGGCAGUGGGCAUUGCCUCCAUCGUUCUGUGUACCAUCCUCACCGUGGUAGUCAUCAUUGCCUCCCAACACCAUGACGACGACUGGGAACCCUAAUACAUAACACAGUGUGGCAUCAUGGGAUAUGUAGUUUUGGGUGGAGAUAGAAGACUAAGGGCACUGAAAUGCACACUCUGAUACUGGUAUGUUAUAUUGGAGGUAUAUAUGUGUAUAUAUGCACCCUGUGUACUGUAUAUACAGUUCUGACCUACUGACUACUAACAGGCUGAGAAACAAUCACAGCUAAUAUUCAAAUGCCAAAACAAAUAGGUGCCCAUUAUGGGCCAGUAUUACUUACCACUGUAACCAAUUUAUAUUCAGAUAUAAUAGUACUCCAUAGCGCUUAUGGGGGAAAACAGAGUACAUACACAGAAGAAUUGAAUGGCAAUUCCACCACUUUUCAACCUAAUUUUAUUGAUCUCCUGCACGAUACUAGUGUCAUAUGUGAAAACAGCGGCUGACGUCAUCAAAAGUUACAACAUUGAAACAGUGAUUUUCGAACACCAUCAGAUCCUCAGUGAUGGGGGGAGUAAGAAAAUAUUCUCCAUCUGGCUAGAAACCCAUUGCAGUUUACUUUUAAUCCUAGCUUGUGAUGUCACAGCUUCUUUUUUUUUAGGACUAUUCUUCCUAUUUUUUUAACCACAGAUCAUAGAACCGCAGUAUUUUCACAUAUAUAGAUAGACACUGGUAUGAUAAUGGAAAUAAUGAAAAUUAGAUUGAAAAGUGGUGGAAUUGCCUUUUAACUAGGAAUUAUUUAUGAAUGACUUAUUCAUUUUUGGUCCCACUCGAACCUAGGUAGACCAAAACAUGGGUCACACUGUAUCACAAACUGCCAAAUAGAUCACAAAUCAUAACUGAAAUGACUUCCCUAUAUAAAUUAGUAUUUUAUGAAGAGAUUGUUUUGAAUGACUUCAAAAAUAAAUACUUUUAUUUAAUUGUGUUUGUUAGUCAUGUAUAGUUUUUGAUUUAUUAUGAUUUUCAGAAACAUGCGCCAUCUAGUGAUAGUAUAUUUUAUAUUUAUUUAAAGGAUAGAAUAAAUUACAGUAUAACAGACUGACAAACAUUGCCAUUCGUUUUUUACACACAAUCAAAUGGAAAGUAAAUCAAGUCAUGACAUAGUUGACUAAUUAGGAGAUCAAACUAUGAAAAAGAUGACAAAAAUGUGGAGAUUUUUCUUUUGAGAUGAAUAACAUCUCUAUUUAAAGUUGUGUUGAUGGAGAGAUACACCAUAGAAUGUAUUGUGUGAGUGUCCCGCCUUUUUUUGUGUGGCUGAUAUGGUUGUUGACAAAUUGUUUGUUGCAUAAGACUGUUUAAUACUUGUUCACUUUAUUUAUGUAUGUAUUUAUCUGUAUUAUAAUUUAUUCAUUUGUUUAUUUAUAUAAUAUAUUUUUUUCAUAGCUUUUUAGAAUGUCACUUUUUUCUAAUAUUUUUUUUUUUUACCUUUAUUUAACUACGCAAGUCUGUUAAGAACAAAUUCUUAUUUUCAAUGACGGCCUAGGAACAGUGGGUUAACUGCCUGUUCGGUGGCAGAACGACAGAUUUUUACCUUGUCAGCUCGGGGAUUCAAUCUUUCAACCUUUCGGUUACUAGUCCAACGCUCUAACCACUAGGCUACCUGCCGACCAUUAUGUUUUAGUUGAAAUCAAUAUUUUAUUGUUCCCAUAUUAGCCGACAAACCUUGAAACUAGAUGAAAUUGGAUGAUGUUUGGGGUGAUUUGCACUUCCAGUAGGCUUAGAAUGGCUUUCUACUAGGUUUUUAUACACUUCAAUAGAAAAGGGUAGAAUUGUAGAAAUGGACACAUUUAAAACAACAAUUACUUGCCUGAUUGAAGUGGUUGACCCAUGUUCUAAUGCCACAGACAUAAAGUAAAGUAUUGCAGUACUAAGACAAAAAGCAACACAUUAAUUGAAAGUGCUUGGACGGACUCAAUAUUAAAAAGGGGAUGUAAUUAUACAGAGGGCUAGUGAGGUGUACAUUUGAGAAAUUGCUGCUUUUGCAAAUAAUGUUUUGCAAAUAUUAAAUAGGGUCAUAAUUGGCAAUACAAGAGUGUUAUCUUAGUUAAUAGUUUCUCAGAGUAAAAAGGUUGUAGACAAAGGACUUAUAGGAUACAGACAAAAACUCUGUUGUGCAUGCCAUUGUGGACCAUUAUUACGAUUCUCUCAUCUAACCUUUUCCCUAAUGGCCUUAGCUGAUAAUAUGGGUUGCGUCAAACACAUUUGGUGUCUAAUCUAGCCUAUCACGUUACAAGGUGUGUCGCCCCUUGUUAUCGAGAGCCAAGUGGGCUGUUGUGGAACAGUAUGAGCUGAAAUGACCUGAGCCGGAAUCAGUAGAGCAGAAAUACUGAUGGUGGCUCUGAAAACGAAUGUCUCUGAGGAGAGAGGGAAAAAAAGCAAUGCCUAAUAUACAUUGUGGCAUUCUCCUCUCCUCGACUUGUUUCUAUUACCCCAAGCACCCUCUCUCUCUGUUUCUCUUUCUGCUGUCCAUUGCAAAAUUGGGACUGUAAUUCUCAACAUAUCUCUAAUCUGCUUGUCCGUUAUCUUCUGUUUUCAAUUUCUAUGAUAAUGCUAUGCUUUUUUUUAAAAGAAAAUGAAGUUAGUCAGAACUGUUGAGAAUGUGUUGUUUCUUGUGAAGGACCAUGAUUACUGAUUUGAAUAGUGUAUUAGGGUGUUUGAAGUUGAAUUCUGAAAGUAUUAUUACCAUGGCUAUUAUGAUUCUGUUACGUGGUAGUCACCUUUGCAUUCGAUCAUCACUGCUGUAUUUUUUUAUGUACAUUGUAUUUGGAGAAUACUGUAUGUUCUUAAUCUGAUAACAUGGCAUUCUAGAAAUAUGUUAAGAGAGCCUUGUAAGCACAGUAUUGUGACUCGUAGUGCUGUUACUCACCUCUAUACAAGAGAAGUAUUGGCAUAGAACGUGUGUGUGCUUUUUAGACCCACUCCUAUCAUAUCUAGUUGUUUUUCGAUCUACACUGUGCUCUUCCCACAUAUUUGUUUUCUAAGGCAUUUUCUAUGUCAUUGUUGAUGACAGGCUGGGCAAAUGCUACUGCUUCUUUGCGGUAUUGAUACCUUUUCCCUGAGCAUGUAAAUGUAAUGGAUUGGCGUGUUCAAAGUGGCUGGCGAAUCACAGUGUACAUGAACUUCUCUUGGGGUCUAUUUCUGUUCAUGGAUGUUACACAUGCAUUUGUUGUGUAUGAAUUCAAUUGUUUGAAUAAAAUACGAUUUUUCUUUUGGUUGAGCAAGACCGAGUAACAGUGAAGUGUACACCUACAUCUCUCUCUCUCUCGCUCUGUCUCUUCUCUCUCUUUCUCUCUCUGUGGCCUUUCCUCUCCCUACGUCUCUUAAGUGCUAUUUAUAGUUGGCCCGGAUUCCUCCACACUUGUACAGUAUCUCUUUCUCUCCCUGUCGGAACAUGAACUAUCUUUCAAUAGCUAGGGCUUAAUCACAUAUCAAAGUGCAGCCUCAAUGGUAUUUCUUUCUAGUCCCGUUAUUACAGCGCAAGCAAUUUCUGUUUGUCUUUUUGCACCGUCUCAAGAGCGUGUAAGGCCUAUGUCAUGUGUAUUUUCACUAUCUUUUUUCCCCAUGUAGAUAAUGCAAGAGCCGAACCGCAACAUGAAACAUUAAAACACAUCUCUAUAC